AUGAUGCUGGUCUCUCCCCAGGCAAAGCCCCCUGGGGCCCUGGCAGGAGGACAGGAGGAGGAGCUUGGUCACUCAGGUACAGGUCCAGAGGUGGUGCACGCUGGCACGCCGACUCCUCUGGCCGUCACCGUGUUCGCAGACUUCCCGGGCACGGUGACAGCUGAAUUGGGACGUGGAAGCACCAAAGUAUCGCUGACCGAAGACUUCCAAGAAGGUUUGACGAGUGUCCUCACGCUUCCUCCUAUUCCUGACUCCUUAACCCAGAAUUCCGUCUUAAACCUGACGGUGCGGGGCUACAAAGGAAACAGUGUCAUUUUCACCAACACCACCACCCUAACCUUCAGUCCCAGGAACGUGUCCACCUUCAUCCAGACUGACAGAUCCCGUUACUAUCCAGGGGACACAGUCAAAGUCAGAGCCAUGUGUGUUCAGCUGGAUAACCGUCCAUACAAGGACAGAGUGGAUCUCUCUGUACGGGAUCCCAGUGGGAAUAUCGUUGACAGGUGGGAGUCCACGGCCAAUCUGGGAAUUGUGUUGCGAGAAUUCCAUUUGUCCCAGACGGCUCCUCUUGGACGUUGGGUGAUCGCAGCUACUGUGAAUGGUGCGACUGACGAGAAGCAGUUUGUUGUGGAGCUUUAUGGUAACGUGCAUAUCAAUUUAUUCCAAUAUAAUCGUGAUGGUUUAUGUUCGAUCGGUCAGUUUGAAUCAUUCUGA